CUGCAUUGAGGCAGUCCUGGGGCAAAAAAUGUGUCCUAAGGUGAUGGAAAACUAUGUGGCGUCGAUGGUGCUGAGUGCAGUUGGUGACACGUUGGGCUAUUACAAUGGGAAAUGGGAGUUCCUGCAGAGUGGCCCAGCUAUCCACAAGGAGCUGGCGGAGAUGGGGGGACUCGGCAACCUCAGCAUCCGAGGCUGGAAAGUCAGCGAUGAUACGGUGAUGCACUUGGCCACGGCCGAAGCCCUGGUGGCUGCCGGGAAAAACCCAAGUUUAGAGCAUCUCUAUUCCCUGAUUGCAAAGAACUACAAGGAGUGCAUGAAUGACAUGAAGGACAGAGCUCCAGGUGCCACGUGUAAGGAAAAUGUGCUGAAGCUGGAUCCAGGGCGGCCGGACGGCUGGAGGAUCCCGUUCAGCCCCCAGGCAGGGGGCUGCGGGGCCGCCAUGCGCUCCAUGUGCAUCGGGCUGCGUUUCCACCGCCCCGCUGAGCUGGACACCCUGGUGCAAGUCAGCAUCGAGAGCGGCCGAAUGACCCACCACCACCCCACUGGCUACUUGGGGUCCCUGGCUUCGGCCCUCUUCACGGCUUUCGCGGUGAAUGGGGUGCCCCCCCCAGCCUGGGGGAAGGGGCUGCUGGAGGUGCUGCCGCGGGCGAAAGCCUACGUGCGGGACACCGGCUUCUUCGUGGAGGAGAACAUGGGGCAGUGGCAUUACUUCGAAGAGCAAUGGGAAAAAUACCUGGCAGAGAGAGGCAUAUCAGACAGGGUCUCGCCGCCCACCUUCCCCCCCAAGUACGGCGUGGAAGAGAGAGACUCGUUCUACACCUCCCUCAGCUACGACGGCUGGGGGGGCAGCAGCGGGCACGACGCC